UUAUUUUAUUUUGCAUAUUAUUUGUUAUUUUUGGACACUUGUUCAAUGUAUCGCUAUGUGCCUCGAAUGUUCUGUAGGGGUUACUUUUAAGAUAUUUAUUGCCAAAUAUUCGGUAAGAUUAAUAAAAAAAACUAGCUGGCUAGCAAGCAAGCGUUAGCAUCGACAGACAGCUACCUAGCUAGCGUUAGCAUCGACUGACAAGUAGCUAGCUAGCGUUAGCAUCGACUGACAAGUAGCUAGCUAGCGUUAGCAUCGACUGACAAGUAGCUAGCUAGCAUUAGCAUCGACUGACAAGUAGCUAGCUAGCAAGCGUACGCAUGGACGGUGGAUGUAGCAAAACACCAAGCAGAGAGACGUGAUGACCGACAACUCGACGGUCAGCGUGUGUUUGAGACCGGGCUUCCUACCCGCACCACUGGAGAUGCGGAGGAGUCGCCGUGCUCAGGUUUUGAUCUGCUCAGUUGUCGAGACUCCCGGCACGAACACACCGGAGCAGCAGAGGCGAACUCUUCGCGGCAGCUCGGGCUGACCGCGGCUCGAUUCGCGGUGUUUCUGCUGACGGGAAACUGAGCGGAGACGGAGUGACUCUCUUGGCUUUUUUUUUGGUUUGUUUGUUUGUUUUAACGUUGAGUUGGUCAACGUUCCCGUCGCUACUUGGAAAAUAAACUGUCCUGUAGUUCACUGAAAGCCAUGGAGAAGAAAACAGCGAACGUUCGGUACAGGAAGUCGCCCAAAUUUAGGGUUAGAAGAGACACGCCGCGGCCAGAGAGACCCGUGCAGGGGCUUAUAUAGUCCGAGCGUGACGUCACCGCCGUGUACCGUAAUGCCUGCUUGGUGUCCCAGUCGACCACCUAGGUGGCCUCUUCCCUAAAGCAUCCAGGACGUGGUGUUAAUGUGCCAGCAGACAUUUCUUUUCAACACUGGAUAGAAAAUCGUAAACUCCAUAUCUUCUCGAGAGGAACCCCCCGGCGUCAGUGCGGCUUUGAAUCCAUAAACUCUGUCCUGUGCCUUGAACAUGUUGCUUGAGAGGAGGCCAACCCAGCCCAGGUUAUCGGUCCAGCGCGACCUCACAUCAGCGUCACCCCCGCAGAGUUCAGAGGUCACCGUCGGGCCAUGCCGUGAUGAGCAGGGCGGUCCUGGGUGGAGGACUAACCAUUGACACCCUGCCAGACAACAUGACACGCGUAGUGGAGGACUCUGGGAAAUAUUACACAUGGCGUAGCUUUGGCCCCGAGGACCAGCGCACACGGGAACUAUGGGUAGACAUGAGCGACGUCCGGCACGGCCAAGUCAGAGUCCACGGCAUUCUGUCGAAUUCUUACAAACAGGCUGUGAGGGUCGCCCUGUCGUUCGACUUCCCCUUUUACGGACAUCACCUGAGGCAGAUUACCAUAGCAACAGGAGGGUUUAUCUUCACAGGGGACAUUACCCAUCGCAUGUUGACCACGACGCAGUAUAUUGCCCCUCUAAUGGCGAACUUUGACCCCAGCUAUUCCAAAGAAUCCACCGUGCAAUACCUAGACAAUGGUGAGGUGUUUGUGGUCCAGUGGGAGGGGGUGAGACUCCCCGGUAGAGAGUCGGCGGGGGCCUUCACUUUUCAGGCCGCGCUGUACAAAACAGGAACCAUCACGUUCAGCUACAGAGACAUACCAUUGUCGUUAGAUGUGAUCGGUUCAGCUGAGCAUCCGGUGAAGGUCGGUCUGUCUGAUGCCUUCAUGGUCACGUCACCAGAGGCCCAACGGCGGACGAUUUACGAGUACCACAGGGUCACGAUGGACAAGACAAAGAUCACAAACUACUCUGCUGUUGAGUUCACUGCACUGCCUACCUGCCUGCAGCACGACAGCUGCGAGCGCUGCCUCUCAUCCAACCAAACCUCGGGUUGUAGUUGGUGUCACGUGCUCCAGAGGUGUUCAGAUGGCAUGGAUAGACACAGACAGGAGUGGCUGGACUACGCCUGUUCAGAGGAGAGCAAAGAUGCAGCCUGCGAGGAUUACACCAGGCCCGACAGCUCCACCGGUUCCUCUGUCACACCGGAGGUGGAGGGUGUGACCUUUUUCACUCCUCCACAAAAGGGCUGUAAAAGUGACGAUGACUCCAAACAGCACAUAUUGAAGACGAGCAAUGACGUGAAGACAGAUUCUUCAACCCAGGGCGAAGGGUUUGCGAACACAGGAGCGAUCGCCGGAAUAGCAGCUGCUCUUGUGUUGCUCUUGGCCCUGAUACUCGUCGCUCUUUACAUCAACUGGCAUCCCACUGUUGCAUCACCACUUUACCUCAUUCAGCGCAAGAACUACUGGCCUUCCUUGAAGUUUCAGAAGAAGCAGCCUGGUUACACAGAGGUGGAAGGAGACGGACAUGACAAAGACAGCAUUGUUGAAGCAGGGCCACAUUGAAACCACGAAUAGAAGAUUGGAGGAUAGAUAUUUUGCAUUGGACUGAUUUCUAACAACAUUCAAACGUAUACACUCGUCCAAACAUUUAUAUUCCAGUUCAUCUAUUGCACUCAGUUUAUCGUUGUUGUUUUUUGUGUGUGUGUGAAAUUGUUUCAACAGUUUGGUUGAAUACUAGCAAACCAAAGCUGAUACUGAAUGGUUUUCUUUUAUAUAUCUCUUGGAAAUAAAUAGCGGUUGGAUUCCACCUUUUUAAAACUUGAUUUAAUUUGACUGCAGAGAGAAGAGAGGAAUGCAUGCCACGAAUAAAGACCUGGGUUUCA